UCUUGACUGUGAGUCUUUGUUCUUCAAAAGUAAAUCCUACAGCUUUUAAUACAGCCAGGUCGUUUAGGUUAAGAUAACUGCCGACUCUCCUUGGUGGCGUUUGUGCCUGAAGAUAGAACAUCACCAUGACCUCCUUCCUGUGGAGCUGUGCAGCACUGUUCUCUCUGUUUGUGGCAGUUGAGCCUCUCUCGUGUUACACCUGUGAUGUGAACAUCUUGGGCUACUGCCUCCGCGAGGCUCCUGUGAACUGCACCACAGCUCAGGAUAGAUGCGUCACUGCAGUGGCCAAGUUUAGUGGCCACAUCUUGGACAUCCAUGAAAGAGGCUGCAUUGAGAACUCGACCUGUGAUGACAGCAGUGGAACCGUCCUGACUGUCAAGUACAACAUCACCAGGACCUGCUGCAGCACCAGCCUGUGCAACGGAGCCGGCUCCCCCCGCCGGCCUCUGGCUGCAGCUCUGGCCGCCUCGCUGGUGGCCGCUUGGAGCCUUUAAGAGUAGAGAAGAGGUCAAAUCACUUUUAGAACCUUUUCAAGUGUGUGGAAGGAUGGGCAACUAAUGCGAACAUCAGUGCAACAAUAAAUUA